GACCACCAGGAAGUUAACAUCUUAAAAAAGCUGCGAACUUGUUAGCCAGACAUGCAGUCGAUGAAUUGCUAGUAAAUUAGUAUUGCAUCGCUCUAGUGUUUAUAAUUUAAUGGAUCAUCCAGAUAUUAUGUGAUGUAUAGAAUAGAGUCCAAUGCUAUUGGUUAGUUUAUCUAGGAAAUAUAUCGCUGAUGUGUCACCCACCAUGCAAGGAACAAUUGUUAUCUACCAAGCGAGUUAGCCAGCAGUCUUGCAUGACAGAUAAUUCAGCUACAACAAGAAAUGAUGAGUUACAUUUGCAUUUUAAUCAGCGUUCUCCUGGACCUUGGUGUGGUCAACAACGUCCUUGCUACCGAAAGUCUGCAUAACUUCUGUGAGAGUGACGAUUGCCAAAGUUAUGUCAGUGACGUGGAAAUAUACCCUUAUGCUUUCAAACCCAAUUUCAACAUGAAUUUGACGGAGCGCAUUCAUGAUAUUGACCACUUCAAACUGUCAUGUAAAAGACUCAUAGAAGUCUUUCCACUUGAUCAGGUGGACGGGAAUUUUGUUCGCACCGUGAAAAACUGCAUUUUUUCAGAGUCCACCCCAACUCCACUUAAAGGUCCCUUAAAGCUGGCAGCAUUUUCAAAGGAUGUCAUUGAGAACAUCUUGGAUUUGGACGUCUCUGUGACUCAUGCCAAGGAUUUCGUAUAUUACUUCAGUGGUGGUAAACUGUUACCCGGAUCUAUUCCUUUGGCACACAGAUAUGGUGGUCACCAGUUUGGCUACUGGUCUGGUCAAUUAGGAGAUGGUAGAGCACAUUUUAUCGGUGAAUUUACCAACAGUAAAGGAGCAACAUGGGAACUCCAGUUGAAAGGUUCAGGGAAGACACCAUACUCCAGGUCGGGAGAUGGGCGAGCCGUGGUCAGAUCCUCGGUCCGGGAGUUCCUGUGCAGCGAGGCCAUGCAUUUCUUGAAAGUCCCCACCAGCAGGGCUUCCAGCCUUAUUGUAAGUCAGGAGCCAGUGUGGAGGGACCAGUUCUAUAGUGGGAAUGUGAAGACAGAGAGAGGUGCGGUUGUUCUUCGCCUGGCUAAGUCCUGGUUCCGUUUUGGGUCAUUGGAAAUUUUGGCUGAUGCUGGGGAGCUAGACCUUUUAAGGAAAUUACUGGACUUUGUGAUUAAGGAGCAUUUUCCUACCAUCGACUCAAAUGAUCCAAACAAGUAUUUGGGUUUUUUUUCAAGGGUGGUAACUGAGACAGCUCAUUUAAUAGCCCAGUGGAUGUCUAUUGGCUUUGCACAUGGAGUGUGUAACACAGAUAACUUCAGUCUCCUGUCCAUCACCAUUGACUAUGGACCCUUUGGCUUCAUGGAGUCUUACAACUCAAAUUUUGUCCCCAACGCAUCUGACGAUGAGGGGAGGUAUCGCAUCGGAACCCAGGCUGAUGUGGGGAUGUUUAACCUGGAGAGACUGCUAGAUGCUCUUCGUCCUGUACUGACUCACAAGCAGCAUCAGAGGGCCAUGGAUCUACUAAAAGACUACCCGGAUAUUUACCACAGAAGGUUUCAUGAACUUUUCAAGGCAAAGUUAGGGUUGCUUGGGGGGGCGGAGAGCGAUGGAUAUCUGAUCGCUUUUCUAUUGAAGUUGAUGGAGGAGACUGGUGCUGACUUCACCAUGACGUUUAGGCAGCUAAGCGAAGCCUCGGACACACAGCUACACAGCAGGCUCAUCUCACAGGCCAUGUGGGCGUUAGACGACCUGGCUUCACACAAGCUGUUCUCUGAUUGGCUCAGCCUGUAUCUGCUCCGGCUCAGCAAGCAGAAAGGUGAUACUGAUGUGGACCGUCAACGCAGAAUGAAAACCGUUAACCCAAGGUAUGUGCUGAGGAACUGGAUGGCCGAGUCUGCAAUACGCAAAGCUGAGAUGGGUGAUUUCUCUGAGGUGGCAGCGCUGCACCAGACACUGUCACGUCCCUACCUUAAGCAAGACACUGCAGAAGAUGCAGGGUAUUCUGCAAGGCCACCAUUGUGGGCUCAGAAGGUAAAAGUCAGUUGCUCCUCCUGACUCAGAUCUGCUCAACAAGAAGAACACUCAUAACACAAUCAUGUUAUCAUAUCAUUGUUAUCGGGAUGUAUAUAUCAAGAUUUAAGUUUUUGGAAGGGUGUAAUAAAUAUUUAUAUCAUG